AUGAAGUUGACAAUUGCAUUGCUGUUUACAUUCAUAGCUGUGGCUAUUGGUGGCACCAGCUUUGAUUUUUCCAAUACCAAAGGUUGGUUGGUGCCUCAAAUCGAUGGCGGCUUUAAAUGGAUGACGCGCGAACAGUAUGAUAUGGAAGUGGCCUCCAUCGAACCUCGUGCAGUUCAGGUGAAAUUCUAUUUAUAUACGAAAUCAAAUCCCACCACACCUAAACAAAUUACUGUGAACGAUGCCAAUGCCUUGGCCGCUUCGAACUUCAACAAAAACAACCCAACACGUUUUGUUAUUCACGGUUGGAAUAACAAUUAUCUGUCCGAUGUCAAUGUAGAUGUUCGCUCAGCCCUGUUAGCCAGCGGUUCAUACAAUGUAUUCUGUGUCGAUUGGAGUUCUAGCGCCCAGACCAUCAAUUAUGCCAGUGCCCGUUAUGAUGUGCCAAAUGUUGGUCAGUUGGUUGCCAAUUUUAUUGAUUUCCUUAACGACAAAGGAGGCAUGCCGUUUUCCACUCUUGGUCUCAUCGGUCAUAGUUUGGGUGCCCAUGUUUCGGGAUAUGCUGGAAAACUUGUCAAGAGAGGCAAGGUCAACACAAUUGUAGGGUUAGAUCCUGCUUUACCCCUUUUCAGUUAUUCGGACUGUAGUACUCGUUUGUGCACCACUGAUGCUAGUUACGUUGAAUCGAUUCAAACAAAUGGUGGUACUUUGGGUUUCUUGGAACCCAUUGGCAAAGGAGCUUUCUACCCGAAUGGAGGAAAGACGCAACCUGGUUGCGGUGUCGAUUUGACGGGAUCAUGUGCUCAUAGUCGUUCCUAUAUUUACUAUUCGGAAGCUUUGCGUAAAAAUGAUUUUCCUUGCAUGAAAUGUGGUACCUAUACUGCGGCAGUUGGCAAUCAAUGUGGUUCGACAUAUAGUUCGGUGCGUAUGGGUGCACCUUCUAAUUAUGGUGUAAGUGGUUAUUUUUAUGUACCGGUUAAUAGUGCUGCUCCCUAUGGUAAAGGAUCAUAG